ACGAGUGAAAAAGCAGCCAGAAUGGAGAAAAAAGUUUGGAACAAAAUAUAAAGAAAUGAGAGAAGGUUGGAAACUUGUAUAAAUGUAUUCGACUGACUUCUGAAACGUUAAGCUCAGGUUUAGACAGUCACGAGGCUUCAUUAGGAUCAUUUCCCCAGGGACUGGUGUUGGUGUACGUGAGCGACAGGACGGACUGAUUUUACAUCACCACUUCCCUUGAAUUCUUUUCUGCAACAGUCACCGGUUAAUGGGGAUAGCAGGAACUCAUUCCCGGCAGCAGCAGCAUGCAAACUUUCCUCGGAAUCCUGCUGCUUCUGCUGGUCCUUCAGCGGGUACCUGCGCAGAUAUCAGAUGAAGGGGGUCCCAAUACAGUAAUUCAGUUGUCUGAGGUGAUGGCAAAGUGCUCGUGUCAGGUCAUGGACCAGCUGGUGUAUGUGUACGAUGAGUACCCCCAGUCGGUGGAGAACAACUACAUACCUCAUUGUGUGGUGGUUCGCCGAUGCUCUGGUUACUGUUCGGGUGAGGAAUUCAAGUGCCUUCCUACCCUCGAACGCAACGCCACUCUGCAGCUGAAGAUUUCUUCCCAAGAACAGCCCGUGGAGCUCACAUUUCUAGAACAUCAGCAGUGUCAAUGCAGAGACCCUGAGAAUCUUCCGUACUAUGAAAGAUCAGUAAUUAAGUCACAGCAGCAGCAGCAAGUCCACUGAGAGCAGACCUCGGAGGAGGAAACAUACCAAGAAAUGGCUGUAGAAAGUGCCAGUUCCAGACAAGAAGAUCACUCUUCGCUGAUUUGCACCUGGUGAAUAUGGAGUGGUGAACAUCACAUAUCUCCAUCCAUUCCCAUAUAUUUUAUAACUUAUAUACUGUUUUGUUUUGGGGUUUUUUGCUGAGUAAUCACCAAAGCAACCCUAACCCUGGAUGUGUACAGUUCCUUUGGCCAUGGCCUCCAUUUUUCCGUUUUCAUCUAUUUAUCUUUUCACUUUAAGCUUGCUGCUGUGUUACGUUUUCAAAACAGACACAGUAUACAGAACACAUACAGAAUAGGAUCAGAGAUAAUGGCUGGAAUGCUUUGAGCUUUUCAACCAGGUUUAAAGCCUAAAUCCAUCCCUUAAGUGUUUAUUAACUUGUCAGAUUAAUGGCAUGUGGUGUCUUUGUGAUUUUUAUUCUGCUGUCUGCAUUUUUGUGCCAUUUGUAUAUAAAAGAAUAUUUAUAUAUGUAUCUAUUUUGUUCACAAUGACUAAAAAUAAAAAUAAAUAUAU